AUGACCGACGCCAUCAGCGACGAUGUCCACCGGAGGCCCUCGCCUUUGCCUCCCGCCCCCAUGGACGACUACGCCUUCCCCGAGCUUCGCCUGAAGCGCACAAUGGAUGACCCCGAAAAGACCCCCUUACUGCUGGUGGCUUGUGGCUCCUUCUCGCCCAUCACCUACUUGCACCUUCGCAUGUUCGAGAUGGCGGCCGAUUACGUCAAAUUUAGCACGGACUUCGAACUGGUCGGGGGUUACCUAUCCCCCGUGUCGGACGCCUAUCGCAAAGCUGGUUUGGCUAGCGCUGAACACCGUGUCGCUAUGUGCCAGCUCGCUGUGGAUCAAACAUCUGACUGGCUGAUGGUUGAUACCUGGGAACCGAUGCAGAAAGAGUACCAACCAACCGCCGUUGUGCUGGACCAUUUCGAUCACGAGAUCAACACUGUACGACAGGGCAUCGAGGCCGGCAAUGGUUCUCGCAAGCCCAUCCAGAUUGCUCUGCUGGCAGGUGCUGAUCUGGUCCACACCAUGUCAACCCCCGGCGUCUGGAGCGAAAAGGAUCUCGAUCACAUUCUUGGAAAAUACGGUACCUUUAUCGUGGAACGCAGCGGAACCGAUAUCGACGAAGCGCUCGCAGCCUUGCAGACUUGGAAGAAAAAUAUCCAUGUCAUUCAGCAACUGAUUCAAAAUGACGUCAGCAGCACCAAGAUCCGUCUUUUCUUGAGGCGUGACAUGAGCGUCCGCUACCUGAUACCCGUCCCGGUCAUCCAUUACAUUGAACAACACAGCCUCUACAAGGAUGAUGGCACAACUGCCACUGACAAGGGCAAGGGCCGACAAGAGCCCGCAUCAUCGGGUUGA